UAAAGAAUAUACAUUUUUUUUUUAUAUACAUGUCUUUGAAUGAUUUGGGUACCUUGGAAUUAUAUAUGUUUAGCGAUCAUCGGACAAUCAAUCAUUAUAUAUCCCAAACAGGUUCGGAAUUCUUUACCUCUUGUUCUUUUCCGUUUCUUUCGUUCCAUCAUGUUUGGUUGCUUUGGUCGAUCUUGUCCUUUUUGUACUGUCUCUACUGAAAAUGGUUUUUCUAUUGUCCAAGAAACAGAAGAUUUGAUAGCUUUCAGAGAUCGUUCUCCAGCCGCCAAAAUACAUUUUCUCGUGAUACCUCGGAAUCAUAUUGGAACAGUGAAGGAUCUAGAAAAAAAGGAUAUAUCAUUAGUGCAACAAAUGAUUGGUCUGGGUCAGCAAUUAUUGAAAGAACAAGGUUAUGAGAUCAAUGAUAAGGAUCAAAUCAGGUUAGGAUUUCAUGUACCUCCUUUCAACUCUGUUCCACAUCUACAUAUGCAUGUCAUUGGUGGUCCCUUCAAGAACAACUGGCGAAAAUGGAAGUAUAUGUCUGGUCGAAUCUGGUACUUGGAAGCAUCUACACUUUUAGCCCAUUUGCACCAGCUCAAGUCCUGAUCCAUUUUUGUUAUAUUUCUUUUUAUUUAAAAGUCCUACCUUUUUCUUUCCUUUUCUUUCUUUUUCUUUUCUUUUCCUUUACUCUUUUUUUUUUUUUAUUAUUAUUCUUUGU